CUCCCCUCACUCUCUCUCUCUCUCUCUCUACCCCCUCUCUCUUGCCAGAUCUCUCCACUUUCUCUCUCCUCUAGGGUUAGGGUUUCGCCUUCUCGGAUCCUCGGGUUCCGACUUGGCCCAGCAAUGCGGGGGGCUUCAGCUCGUUCCUCCUCUUCUUAGUUAGAACUUUUCAUCUCUUUUUAGUUUCGGAUUCUUUUGUGAGUUUGAUCGAGAUUUGGGAGGAGAUGAGCGCGUCGAGGUUCAUAAAAUGCGUCACCGUCGGCGAUGGGGCCGUCGGCAAGACCUGCAUGCUUAUUUCCUACACCAGCAACACUUUUCCCACGGAUUAUGUUCCAACUGUUUUUGAUAAUUUCAGUGCAAAUGUUGUUGUUGAUGGGAAUACUGUUAACCUAGGUUUAUGGGACACUGCAGGACAAGAGGACUACAACAGAUUGAGACCUUUGAGCUACCGUGGUGCUGAUGUUUUCCUCCUAGCAUUCUCCCUUAUUAGUAAGGCCAGCUAUGAAAAUGUUGCUAAGAAGUGGAUUCCAGAGUUAAGGCACUAUGCACCAGGUGUCCCAAUUGUUCUUGUUGGAACAAAGCUUGAUCUGCGGGAUGAUAAGCAAUUUUUUAUCGAUCAUCCUGGUGCCGUGCCCAUCACGACUGCUCAGGGAGAAGAGCUCAUGAGGACAAUUGGUGCGCCUUCCUACAUUGAGUGCAGUUCAAAGACACAACAAAAUGUGAAGGCAGUCUUUGAUGCGGCGAUCAAGGUUGUACUCCAACCACCUAAGGCGAAGAAGAAGAAGAAGGCCCAUAAGAGUUGCCUCAUUUUGUGAUUCCAAAACACCAAAAAAGCCAAGAAACGAAGAUUCGCCAGCAGCUUAUUCUUGAUGUAAAGUCAAAAAGUGACUGCUACUCGCUCUUUCUGAGGCAUCCCAUGAAUUUGUUUUCUGAACUCUUUAUCUUUUGUUGGUUAUCUUUGUAACUUCAUUGCAAUAUGAACCCUUCUUAUUCUUCAGCUAGAUAGAUGUCCAGGGUAAUUCCCCUUUGGAAACUGUUUCCUUUACAUAGGGCGCGUAUUUCUGCAUCUUCUAUUUGACGCAGGCUUUGUUUAAUAGGUUGGUGACCUCUAAAUAUCUAAAGAUCUUAACAUUAUUAAUGUAUAGUGUUUGCUCUCAACUCUAUAGUCAGAACGUUUCUCUUGUAUGUUUUAUUUUGGAAAAAUGAUGAGUGUAACGUAGUACGCUUUAUAUUGAA